UGCAGGGAUGAAGCAGGGCCUGGAGCUAAUAGAGAUAGACCCUCCUAUUCCUAUGAUACAAACACCACAGUAUCCAUGAUGAACAGUGCAGGUCACACUGGGCUUCAACCUUCACAGAGAGUAGUGGGAGACCCCCCUGGUGGGAGUCUAACAGGACGUCUGUCUUCUCCCUCAGGGUCUCGUCUAAUGCCUGGUGACUGGGUUCAUAGAAGGCCUGGACCUGGUUCUAGCCUUCCUCAGUUACCUCAUGGUUACCCCACCAAUACAGAUGGGUCAGGAUGGGCUUUCACCACGGGAGGUGCCUAGCCUAUAACACAGCACACAAUCCCAACAACGGCUAUAGGUCAAGGAGGGAGCUCAAAGACUAACCACCUGAGGCUGGUGGCUGCUGCUUCUACCUCCUCUAGUGUCAUUCGGUCACAACGUGGGAGGGCGAGUGUUAGGACGGAUGGCGACAAGUCUUACUCUUGCCCUACGUGUGGGAACCGGUUCGCCAACACAAACAAUUUGAAGGAACACCAGACCGUUCAUACCAAGGAAAGGCCAUUUAAGUCCAAACUAUGUUACAAGCUUUUCCUUCCUGAGUAGCCUUAGACAUAGGAGUGUCCACAACAGGGAGAUAUACAAGUUGUCUGUUUCUCUCUUUUAAAAGGUUUGUAAUCAGGUCACUUUUCCGCCAAUCAGGUUUGGCGGCGCUUCCGUGAGCGUUCUGACAAGUUGGCACAGUCACCCAUCUAGGCUUCAAGAGAGGCUGCUGGGCGGCCGGCGGCACUGUUGCGGCGACCGGGGCUUCCACAGGGGAGCUAGGAGCUUCUUGGACCUGCUCGCCACGCUUUCGGCCACGAGCUGCUGCUCCCAGCCGGCAUGAAGAAGGCGGAGGUCGGCUGUUUGGGAGCCGACGCUACACAGGAAAGAGGCAGCUGCUUCUUUUCCUCCCCUAACUUCACGAGAUGCCCCGCUGUCUUUCUCAUGGUGUCUCCGAAUAGAGGCCCUUUUCAGAGAUGGGUGCAUUGAGCAAAGGUGUCUUGUUUGUCUCCUUGAUGGAAGUCAUGGAGAGCCAGAGGUGUGUCUGCGUCAUGACCAACACAGCCAUCACUUGGCCGGUGCAGACUGACAACACUUGAGUGAUGUGGAGAGCAGCGCUGGUGAAACAUGCCUCCUCUUCAAUGCCAGUUAUCCAAGCAGGCCCAGUUAUUCAAACUUAAUGGGCGCUCUGCCUUCUCUCUGAUCUGAGCGGCUAAUCGUUGCGCACCUAGAACCCAAGACGCUUCAAUAGCCCGCGGGUGAGGGAUUCGACUGGGAGCCCCUCAAGUGAAGGACAUCUCACUGGAGGCCACAGAGGUUUUGUGAAGCCAGUGGGACACAAUACAUGGAGAGAUGACCAACCAAUCACGGUUGUUGAGGGAAGUGGAACCUCAUCCCAGCAUGUUAUGGUGAUAGAGUCUGCAGAUGCAGAGGCUGCAGGUCCUGGGGUCAAGCAGGAGAAGUCUGCUGGAGAGGAGGACCCAAGGUACUGCAGAGAUAUCCAGACUGGAGUGCCCCUUGUAUCCACAGAAGACACUGUCACCAUCCCAGCACUGCCCAGAACUCGACACAGCAUCACGGAGGAGGAGGGUCCAGAGGUGCUGCUGGUGAAGGAGGAGGGGUGUGAGGAGAGUCUGGGAAACCCUGAGGGGCCCAUGGACAUGGAGGACAACCAGACUACACCUCCUCCUGAACUCACAGAAGAACCAGCUGAGCAGCACAGGACCACACACAGUCUCAAUGAGUCAGUAGACAUGGAGGAUGGGAAGCCUGAUCUGCUGCUGGUCAAAGAGGAGACGAUAGAAGACAAACCAGAGAGCAUUGACCUGCUGAGUGGUCUAAAGAUGGGGGAGCAAGGUGGUUGGCUAGAGGCUAAUAGAGGAGACUGGGCGACCAUCUUGGAUUCCCAGACGGAUGCAGCCAAGGCACCAGGGGACAUCAUCACUGAGCAGGCCACAACCAGAGGUGACUUGGUGGAGUCUGCAGUCCAUGAGGACCUGCUGAUGUCUGGUGUUGCUGGAAGGAGAGACUGGAUCUCUGAGGUGGCUGGUCACAAACCCUGGCCGCGGAUCAGGCCACUGGAUCAGGAGCCGUCACGGUUUCUUCUUGAAUCGAAACCAGGUCCCAACCGCGAGGGACAGAGACUCCACCAUCACACAGAACACAACCAGUGGACAGGUGGACUGAACAGCCUCAAUCCUGGUGGUCAUCAGAGAGAUAGAGGCUCCAGUCAGCAGCCCAGACCCUUCCCUUCACAGUCUCAGUGCAGGGAUGGAGCAGGACCUGGGCCUGAUAGAGAUGGACCCUCCUGUUCCUAUGAAACAAACACCACUGUAUCCAUGAUGAACAGAGCAGGCUACCCUGGGCUUCAGCCUUCACAGAGAGUGGUGGGAGACCCCCCUGGUGGUAGUCUAUCAGCAAGUCUGUCUUCUCCUUCAGGGUCUCGACUAAUGCCUGGUGACUGGGUUCAUAGACAGCCUGGACCUGGGUCUAGCCUUCCUGGUGAUGGUUACCCCACAAAUACAGACAGGGUCAGGAUGGGCGUACCUCACAAGAGGUACCUAGCCUAUAACAUGGCAAACAAUCCCAACAACACCCAAACAAUGGCUAGAGGUCAAGGAGGGCGCUCAAAGACUAACCACCUGAGGACGGUGGCUCCUGCUUCUAUCUCCUCUGGUGUCAUUGGGUCACAAAGUGAGAGGCCGAGCAUUAGUACCGACGCCGACAAGCCCUACUCUUGCCCCACGUGUGGGAAGUGCUUCGCUAGGGCAAACUAUUUGAAGGAGCACCAGACCGUUCACACCAAGGAGAAGCCCUUCAAGUGCAAACUCUGUUACAAGAGCUUCUCCUUCCUGACUAACCUUACCAGACAUAAGAGUGUCCACAACGGGAAAAAUUUGUAGCAGUGUGGUUUGAAAUGUACACAGGGGAUGUCUGGGAAUUAUUCUUCACAUGACAUAUUAUAGUUAUCAUGUGAAGUGUCUUGGGAUAAGAAGGUAAUUAACCACAUACCCCUCAUUAACCCUUUAUUAACAUGUCAUGUUCUGGAGCAACGUGUUGAAGGUGCCUGAAGUCAACUCUGAAAGACUAGCAGGAAGUGUUAGUUGCAUGCAUGAGAGGACCAAUGGGCAGGCUCGGGAGGAGAUCGUUGAUGUCACUCGCUCUCGGAGCUGGAGCUGCGGGGUCUUUUCCUCUGCCGAGGGGGAGACGGGGGCCAGCUGAGGGGGACCUAUUGGAUUGGUGCUCACCCCUGCCCCUCCGUGUCCAGCGUCUCUGUUCUUAGGGGGACGGUCCAGCCUCUUGGGGUUCUUCUUGGAACAUAGGACAUAUCCAGGCUGUUUCACAUCCGUCUGUGAUUGGGAGUCCCAUAGGGCGGUGCACAAUUGGCCCAGCGUUGGCUGGGGUAGGCCGUCAUUGUAAAUAAUAAUUUGUUCUUAACUGACUUGCCGAGUUCAAUAAAUUAUAAUUUUAAAAAUAUGAAACGUGCUUGUGUAAAUACCUGUUUUUAGUGACUGUAAACCUGUAAAUAAAUAGAACAAAAUAGAACAAGGACAGUUACAUAUUUACCUUAGUGAAGUGAUGUAGAUGGAAUAG